GCCGAGAGUCUCGGCGAGUGUGGGGCUAAAAACUCACCAGCAUGAUGGGGUCUGAAAACCCAAGUCCACAGAAUCCCAGCUGUAAAAUCAUGACGUUCCGUCCAACACUAGAAGAAUUCCAGGACUUUGGAAAAUAUAUUGCUUAUAUCGAAUCCCAGGGAGCUCACAGAGCUGGACUUGCUAAGGUGAUUCCUCCCAAGGAGUGGCAGCCACGCAGGACCUAUGACGAUAUUGACAGCAUGGUCAUCCCCGCUCCCAUCCAACAGGUGGUGACUGGGCAGUCGGGACUCUUCACCCAGUAUAAUAUUCAGAAGAAACCAAUGCUGGUUGGAGAUUAUCGUCACUUGGCCAAUAGUGAGAAGUACUGUACCCCCCGGCACCAAGAUUUUGAUGACUUGGAACGCAAAUACUGGAAGAAUCUGACUUUUGUUUCUCCUAUUUAUGGAGCAGAUAUCAGCGGUUCCCUUUAUGAUGCAGAUGUGGAACAGUGGAAUAUUGGGAAUCUGAACACUCUACUAGAUAUGGUGGAACAUCAGUGUGGAAUUAUCAUCGAAGGCGUGAACACCCCCUACCUCUACUUUGGGAUGUGGAAAACCACAUUUGCUUGGCAUACAGAGGACAUGGAUCUUUACAGCAUCAACUACCUGCAUUUUGGAGAGCCCAAAUCCUGGUAUGCUAUACCUCCAGAACAUGGGAAGCGGUUGGAGAGACUGGCAAAAGGAUUUUUCCCUGGGAGCUCUCAAGGGUGCGACGCCUUCCUCCGCCACAAGAUGACCCUCAUUUCACCAUCUAUCUUGAAGAAAUACGGCAUCCCUUUUGACCGGAUCACCCAAGAAGCUGGAGAGUUCAUGAUUACUUUUCCUUAUGGCUACCAUGCAGGAUUUAAUCACGGGUUCAACUGUGCAGAGUCCACCAACUUCGCCACACUUCGGUGGAUCGACUACGGCAAGAUGGCCACCCAAUGCACGUGCCGGAAAGACAUGGUGAAAAUCUCUAUGGAUGUUUUUGUACGGGUCCUCCAACCUGACCGAUACGACUUAUGGAAGCAAGGGAAAGACAUCACUGUCUUGGACCACAUGAAACCUACGGCUCUAACCAGCCCAGAGCUAGAAACCUGGAAUCAGACGAAGAAUGCCCUGAAAGCAAAGAUGCUGCGCAAGGCUAACAGAAAACGAAGCCAAUCCCGAAGGCAUAAGACACAGGAUCAAAAGUUGCUUGGGGAUGCCAUGGGAAUGGAGACUGCCUUGGAUGAGGUGAAGGUGAAGGAGGAGCAGAGGAGAGUCCCAAGUUUGGAUGAAGAGGACAAAAACAAAGCCUUGGAUGGCAAAGAGGGUGAAUGCAAGCCGAAGACCCGAAUCCCAAAAGUAAAAGGAGAAAGGAAGAAGAAGCAGCAGCACCCCCACCCCUUGCCCCAGCCACCUCAGCUCCCACUGCAACAACUUCUGCCUCCCCUGUUACUCCCACAGCCAUCUUUGCUGAAGCAGCGGGAGGGGCAGCAUCAGGUCUGUUCGGAGAAGGGGGGCCCUGAAGCCCAGCCCCCCAAGUCUGCAUCAGUGGAAGAAAGCACCCCCCCAAUGCCUGCCCUUGAUGCCCUGCCCUCCGAAGCUCCUGGUGAGGAGGAAGGCUUGAAGCCACGCCGCAUUAUCCCAAUGCUCUUUGUGGUUCCACGGCCCAAAAAGACAUCUUCAGAAAAGAAGCAUGCCUCGUCCCAAGACGUGCUUGAGAGGUUCGUCACGCAAGAGCAGAUGGCCCCCUUGGAUCUUGGGGUGAAAGAUGAGAGCGGCGAGGGAGAAAACGCAGAUGUGCCUGCUGAGCCUAGUAAAUUGCAGACAACUUCUACUUUCUCUAAACUGAAGAUGGAGAUUAAGAAAAGUCGCCGCCACCCACUAGGCAAGCCACCCACACGCUCCCCACUUUCUGUGGUGAAACAGGAAGCUUCAAGUGAUGAGGAAACCCUCCCAUUCUCUGGUGAGGACGACGUUGGUGACCCUGAGCCCUUGAAGUCCUUGCUUUCCCUGCUGUGGAAAAACAAAGCGCCCAACUUUGCUGCGGAGAGGCGAUUCAAUGCUGCUGCAGCAUCGACUGAGCCAUACUGCGCCAUCUGCACCCUCUUUUAUCCCUAUAAUCAGUUGGAAAAAGAGAGAGCCACAGUCGCCCCUGGAGAAAGCUCCUCGCUCCAGCCACCUCUGAAAUACGAGCAGAAGACCAAGCCUCUGAUUCCUGAGAUGUGCUUCACCUCAAGUGGCGAAAACACAGAGCCCCUCCCUUCCAACUCCUACAUCGGAGAGGAUGGAAGCAGCCCCUUGAUUUCCUGUGCCAAGUGCUGCCUGCAGGUCCAUGCCAGUUGCUAUGGGAUACAUCCUGACAUAGUGAAUGAAGGCUGGACCUGUUCCCGGUGCUCAGCCAAUGCAUUGCUAGCGGAUUGCUGUCUUUGUAAUCUCAGGGGAGGAGCCCUUCAAAGGACCACAGAUGGAAGGUGGGUCCAUGUAAUCUGUGCAAUCGCUGUCCCUGAAGCCCGCUUCCUCAAUGUCAUUGAGCGCCACCCUGUAGACAUCACUGCCGUUUUGGAGCAAAGGUGGAAACUGAAAUGUGUGUACUGCCGGAGGUGGAUGAAGAAAGUGUCAGGCGCUUGCAUCCAGUGCUCUUAUGAGCACUGUUCGACCUCUUUCCAUGUCACCUGCGCCCACGCAGCAGGGGUGCCAAUCGAGCCAGAUGAUUGGCCUUACGCGGUGUCAAUCACCUGCUUCAAACACAAAGCGGCCAGCCACAUGAUCCCAUUUUCAAGGGAGGUGUCACUGGCCCAGACGGUGAUUACAAAGAACCGGAACGGUCUCUACUACCGGUGCAAAGUGAUUGGCGUGACAACGCAAACCUUCUACGAAGUCAAUUUCGAGGAUGGAUCCUACAGCGACAACGUUUACCCAGAGAACAUUAUUAGCAGAGACUGCCUCAAGAUGGGGCCACCCGCUGAGGGGGAGGUGGUUCAGCUGCAGCUGACGGAUGGCAUCACUUACCAAGCCAAGUUUAUUGCUGCCCAGAUCAGCCAGAUCUUUCAGGUAGAGUUUGAGGAUGGCUCUCAGCUGAUGGUCACAAGAGGCGAUAUCUACACCCUGGAAGAGGAUCUUCCCAAGAGAGUAAAAUCACGCUUGUCGCUCAGCACUGGGGCGCCUCAGGAAGACGCCGUCCCGGGAGACGACUUGAAAGCAGCCAAGCGCCCUCGGGUGGGCAACACCAAGAGCCCCGAAGACCCUGGCCCCAGCCCCAACUACUUUGCCAUCAUGGAGACCCUGCUGCAGGCACCCUUCCAGCCAGGAGCACAGAGCAGCACUAUGUUCUAAACCCAGAGGAACAGUUGAUUUAAUUUUUUUUCUAAAAAAAAAAAAAAAGACGCAACUUUUUAAAACAUCCUUUUUCACAUCCCUGCGGAAAGUAAUUUAACUAGAAAACUGUGGCGUGGGAGACCCAGCCUUUUGUGCAAUAACUUGCAAAUUAAUUAUUUUAUUCUGUUCUUGGUGUGGACUUCAGAGGAGCUCGUCCUGCUCUGGCCUACCUCUGUUCUUCCUUUUGACGAACUUUUGAGUAGGAAAAAACCUUGGGGGGGGGGCGUUAACCUUCCGCACAGAAACUUUGGAAGAAUAUGUGUCAGUGGAGCUUUGUGCAACUGAACCUUUGAUUCUGUUUGUUUUUUGUUUGUUUUCCGUGGUUAAAAACCUGGAGAAGCGUUCACUCCA